AUGGGCGCCCAACUCCAGGCCUGUGGCCGAAUAUGCUGGAGCGAUGCGCCGAAAGCAGAAGCGCAAUCUGCCAAAAGCAGUAGCUCGCCACCGGAGUUGGCACAGUGGGCUCAGACCGGCCGUGUAAAAGCGACCCCAGUCAUGGAUGAAGGCUUCAUCUGCAUGGGCAGCAAAGCGCCAGUGUGUCCACAGGGAGCCCGGCAGGUUCCAGCAGGUCCCAUAACUCUGGCAACUCUACAAGGUUCGUGGCUCGGCUCUGGCGGUGCCAAGAUCUCAGUCAGGGGGACUGAAGUCAGCAUCAAUGGCUUGCCCCUCAAGGCUCACAAAGUUGAGCUGGAUGAUGACGGCGCUGUGGUUAGCAUUGGCAAGCUGUGGCAGCUACAGGGAUGGGAUCGAAACGGUGCGAUCGAGUUUAGGGCGUCCUCCACCCGAGAGAAUAUGGAGUCGGCUCGCUCAGAGCUCUGGACCCGCAUGGCAAGUACAUCGGCAGAGGUGUCGGAGAAGAUGAAACUCCUGGGCUAUGCUGGGAGUGCAGCGGAUCCCCUGGGCCGCGGGAUUGAAGGCUGCAUGCCAGGGACGAGUGGAGCAGAAAUGCCAGCGGGCUACAGCAAGAAGAAGGAUGCUGAAGAGGUGUCUUUGCUAUGCGCACUGGUCAGCCAAUGGCGGGAGCCAGCCACCUGUCAAAUUUGUCCCCGGCUUGUCAUCCCAGACUUUACAAAUCGAGCACAGACCGGCUUGGGCGUCGAGCUGCUGCACUACGUGGCAACAUCCAUUAGGCAAAAAGGUUUCCAAAAGAGAUCUGGCCGGCACGGCCAUGAUAUCCCUGUGCUGGUGCGCGAGCCCGCCGGAUCCGAUUCGAAGGCGGAGGCACUUCGAGUCUGGCGGGCACGAGUCGCAGAUGAGGAGGGCUUCCCACCUGUCCGAGCACGAGAUGAUGAGGAGAUUUUCACAUCCUUGGGAAACGGUCACUUUUUUCAGGCGCUGAACCUUUUCCAGACAGAAUGGAAGGCCAUCAAUGAUGACACGCACUACAGCGUGGGAUCUGACAACAAGCUGAAGGAGGCUCUCAACCAAGGCGUUGUGAGCGUGAUCCUAAAGCAUUCCACUCCACGCCCUGUCCGAGCAAAGAUCGCGGAGCUCUUGAAUGCCAAGCGCGAGUUUCAAUGGACUCUAAAUGAGGAUGGUACUGUGGAUACCGGAAACUCGCUGGAGAACACCGACUACUGCUCCCAGUUUGAAUGGCUGAGCAAGGGAAUGGAUGCGGAGCAGGUUAACUGCUUGGUCAGAACUCAUCUUGGCAUCAAGGAGAGCAAGCGCAUACAGGGCUGA